AUCGACCUUCAUGGCCUUCGCGCCCAUGGGGCCUGAGGCCUCGUUCUUCGAGGUUUUGGACCAACACAGGGCUUCCCUGCUGGCCACCCUGAGGAGAGGCAGCCAUGAGCCCCCUUGUGGGGGUACCCGCCCCACCUCUAGUUCCGAGGUUCUUGCAUCUAUUGAACAUAUCAUCCAAGACAUAAUCGCAAGCUUGGCAAGGAAUGAAGCACCUGUAUUCUCUGUAGACAACAGAUCAAGCUGGGAAAAUAUAAAGUUUGAAGAUUCUGUGGGUCUUCAGAUGGUAUCUCAUUGUACCACAAGAAAAAUCAAAAGUGAUUCACCAAAAUCAGUUCAAAAUUUCGCUCUAAUUCUGAAAAUAUUGUCUGUGAUUUACAAAUUAGUACAAAGCAACACUUAUGCAACCAAAAGAGACAUAUAUUACACUGACAGCCAACUCUUUGGUAGCCAGACUAUUGUGGACAAUAUAAUCAAUGAUGUUUCUUGUAUGCUGAAAGCGCCGAGGAGGAGUCUGCAUAUAUUGUCUACAUCGAAAGGGUUAAUUGCCGGCAACUUAAGCUUCACUGAGGAAGAUGGCAGCCGAGUGAACUGUGCCGGCUGCUCGACGGCUGUUGCUGUGCCAUCUAAUAUUCAAGGACUUCGGAAUUUCAUUACAGAUGCAAAAUUUCUAUUAAUUGUGGAAAAAGAUGCGACAUUCCAGCGUCUCCUAGAUGAUAACUUCUGCAGCAGAAUGUCUCCGUGCAUCAUGGUUACGGGAAAGGGAGUGCCUGACCUGAACACAAGACUUCUAGUCAAGAAGCUGUGGGAUCUGUUUCACCUCCCUCUCUUCACUCUUGUGGAUGCUGACCCACAUGGCAUGGAGAUCAUGUGCAUCUAUAAGUACGGAUCGAAGUCUAUGUCUUUUGAAGCCCAUAAUCUCACAGUUCCAGCGAUUAGAUGGCUUGGUCUCCUCCCUUCUGAUAUUAACAGAUUAAAUAUUCCUAAGAGCACUUUAAUUCCACUGACAAAACGGGACCAGAUGAAGCUGGACAGUAUCCUGAGGAGACCUUACAUUACCUGCCAACCAUUUUGGAGAAAAGAAAUGGAAAUAAUGACAGCGUCGAAAAUGAAGGCAGAAAUUCAAGCUUUGACCUUCAUAUCAUCUGAUUACCUUUCCAGAGUAUACUUACCUAACAAAUUAAAGUUUGGAGGAUGGAUAUAA